AUGGCCGGGGCCGAGCACACAGGGCGGGAGCUGCUGGACAUGGAGGUGAAGGCCAAGGCCUGGCGGCCACCCUGGUUCGAGCGCCACGUGCAGCCGUGCCUGGCAGAGCUGCUGGGCAGUGCCCUCUUCAUCUUCACCGGCGUCCUGGCCGCCGUGGAGGGCGCGGGGCGGCUGCAGCCCGCCCUGGCACACGGGCUGGCCCUGGGCACCGCCGUCGCCGUCCUGGGGGACAUCAGCGGAGGCCACUUCAACCCUGCCGUGUCCCUGGGCGUGUGGCUGGUGGGGGGGCUGAACAUGACGAUGCUCAUCCCUUACUGGGUGUCCCAGCUCUGUGGAGGGAUGAUUGGAGCCGGCCUGGCAAAGGCCGUGGCACCGAGCGAGCGCUACGGGAACGCCAGCGGGGGAGCCUUCGGCGGCAUCACGGCCGACGAGCAGAUCCCUGCUGCCCUCGUGGGGGAGGUCGUCAUGACCACCUUCCUGGUCCUGGUGGUCUGCAUGGGCGCCGUCAACGGGAAGACCAAGACCCCCCUGGCACCGUUCUGCGUCGGCUUCACCGUCACGGCCGGCAUCCUGGCGGGGGGUGGCGUGUCUGGAGCCUGCAUGAACCCUGCCCGAGCCUUUGGACCAGCUCUGGUGGCAAACUACUGGGACUACCACUGGGUGUACUGGGUAGGGCCCAUGGUCGCUGCCCUCCUGGUGGGUGUGCUGGUGAGGCUCCUGAUGGGUGACCGGACCACACGCCUGCUCCUGCAGUGA